UAACAAAGUAACUACAUACUUGGGUUCUUGAACCAGAUCUCCCGCUAACUUCUCAUUCUCUUCUUUUGACUGCAUGCAUUUUUACAAAUAACAUUUCCUACCUUGCUAAUCGAUCACAUAUAAUCGGAAAACCAAAACCACCGGAAAAUUAAUCUUUUUUCCAGCAAUGAAUUUAUUGCCGUACUCUGACGCGGAUUCGAGCUUGAGAGCUUUGGCCGGUAAGGCUGAGGGUUUCGGCCGAUCAGCUAUUGGUGGUCUCCGUGGAUCCUUGCAUUUUGUCACCUCAUUAAACGAUGAUGGACCAGGAUCACUUCGCGAAGCAUGUCGCAAGACAGAGCCACUCUGGAUUGUGUUCAAUGUUUCCGGGGACAUUCAUCUUUCAUCUUACCUCAAUGUGUCUUCAUUCAAGACAAUUGAUGGUCGAGGCAGCCGUGUGAGACUCCUGGGCAAAGGUCUCAGACUAAAGGAAUGUGAGCAUGUUAUUAUCUGCAACCUGGAAUUUGAAGGGGGUAGAGGACACGACGUUGAUGGAAUCCAGAUCAAACCGAACUCGAAGCACAUUUGGAUAGACCGAUGUAGUUUGCAAGACUAUGAUGAUGGGCUGAUAGAUAUCACUAGAGAAAGCACAGAUAUUACUGUUUCUAGAUGUUACUUCGCAAACCAUGACAAGACUAUGCUUAUCGGAGCAGACCCUUCUCAUACCGGUGAUAGAUGUAUCAGAGUGACUAUUCAUCACUGUUUUUUUGAUGGAACACGACAAAGGCAACCUCGGGUUCGAUUUGGGAAGGUUCAUCUUUACAACAACUACACAAGAAACUGGGAAGUGUAUGCUGUUUGUGCUAGUGUAGAAUCACAGGUAUACUCUCAAUGCAACAUAUAUGAAGCAGGAGAGAAGAAGAAAGCUUUUGAAUAUUACUCAGAAAAGGCAGCUGAUAAAGAUGAACCAGAUACCGGGUUAAUAAGGUCCGAGGGGGACAUGUUCUUAAAUGGUGCCGAAGGAUGUCCUUCACCAAAACAAAAUGAUGGAAGUGUAUUCCAUCCUAGUGAAUAUUACUCAACUUGGACGUUUGAAUCAGCUGCGGAUUCUCUGAAGCAUUUACUGCAAGCCAGUGCAGGCUGGCAAUCUGUAGCCCGACCGGCAGCCCUUUGUUGUGGUGAACUGGGUGAGAAACCAGCAAAUCAAUGUUGCGGUAGCUCUGAGAAUACAGAUCAGUUUAGCAACCUGUCUACAAAUAUUUAGGUGUCUGCAAAUGUAUGCGCCACUGUUCUCUCACGGUUUAUAAGCUAAAAUUAUUUACAAAGUUUAUAAUUAGCAUUAUUUGCAAAGUUUAUAAUUAGCGGCCACCAACAUGUCAGAGAACAGAUGUUUAACAUUAAACAUUACACAUAUGCUACAUUAUUAGUGUGCAAUCUCUUCUCCAAACUCCUUUGGGUGAUUAUUUAGAAGAAGGAUAUGUUACCAGUUAUCUGCCUGCGGAACUCAAUACUUUAAUCCAACAUUUCAUAUAGCAUAUUUCUAUUAUAUCUUGAUCUUCUUAAAUUCUAAUACUGAAAAAUAAGCAUACUGAAUGUACUAAAA